CUCCCGGCCGCACAAUGACUGACACGGACCAAAGUUAUCCCGGAAUAAGGGGAGCACGCAUGUGCACGGACCCGGAUGUGAAAGGCUCCUGUAACGGGCCCGCUGCGGCUGAUCCGGGCUGUGCCGAGCCGUGCGAUUCCGGGCCGGGCCAGGGCCAAACCGUGCCACCCGCAUCCGAGCAUGGAGCAGCCGCGGAGGGGGGCACGCAGCUAGACCCGGGACUGUCCCGUGCCAAAAAUAUCCCCCAUUGGCUUAAAUGUCCACACCGUCUAUCAUUAACCAUUUAAAGAACAUCAAACAGCAUAUUUUUGAGGUUCAGGGGCCCAUCACACAGAGCAGAUCCCCAAUAAAGCUCUGUCCCACAUGGGCACGGGUUUACCAACACGGGUUUAUUCGGGGGAAUCAGUAAACGGGCAGAACCCUGAUGUGUGUGGGUCAUCUUUUGGGUUCCAAAGAAUCAAAUAGUUUACAAAGUUAAAUAAAUUAUCUACUAAAUGUAUAUCCUGGGAUUUGAAAGUUGUUGGAACUUAGAAAUAUAUGUAUAUAUAUUUUAUUAUAAGUCACAUUGAGCACAUAUUUAUAAGUACGUUUGCACUUAAUAAGGUCCCUUCACGGUUUAGAGGUUUAGGACCAACUCUGGAUUCAUAGAAGAUAUUAUUUUGGGUGGAGGUAUCCUGGGAUUUUGGUAGGAAAGGAUUAUCCAAAUUACGCUUUUCUUGCCAGUUUUUUAUUAUAUUAUUUUUUGGUGGAGGUCAUGGAUUUCCGCGGUAAGAAGUAUGAGCGAGGCAGUAACUGGUCAGACCCAGAGGUGGUGGAGCUUCUCCAGCUCUGGGGCAAUGAGUCCGUACAGAUGGAACUGGAGAGCUGCCUUCGCAACCAACAUGUCUUUAACCGGAUCGCUGAUGUGCUCAGGGAGAAGGGCAUCCACCGUACCGGGGACCAGUGUCGAGAGAAGAUAAAAAAGAUGAAGCUUGAAUACCGGAGGCUGAAGGAGAACAGCAAGACAAUGCGCAGUGGGAGAGCCUGGAAGUUUUACGAAGUGAUGGACAGGGUCUUAACCCACCGACCAACACUAUCAUAUGGGUCUUUGGGACCUGGAGGAGUGUUAGCCCAACCUUUGUUGCAAGGGCCAUUAUCUGAUGGCUUUCAUACCCACUUCCCCCAAUAUGGUCAUACUCAACACCCAGAGCUAAUGGAGAUCAAAUGUGAGGAGGUACAGUCAGAUGAACAAUGUUUGACUCCAGAACCACCUCCUUCGAUGACUUAUAUCCAGGAUUCUGGAGGAGAACAAGAGGAGGAGGAUCACGCAAUUCUAGAGAGAGGACCUGAAGACUCGCCUAUUUCUAGGGUGGAGGUAGCAGGUGAAGCCAGUGUAUCACCUUCAGGCUUCAGUGAAUCUAAUAUGGCGGGAUCUUCAUGUCCCAAUGGUCGACAGAACCUAUGGAGAAAGAGGAAAGUCCGGGAGCCGUUGGAGGAACUGAUUUCACGGAUGCUUACUGCCCAGCGGGCGACAGAAGAGAGGUUCCUACAGAUGGAGGAACGCAGGAUGGAACAAGAACAAGAGGCAGAGGAACGUCGAAUGCGCCUCGAGGAGAGGAGGUUGCAACUGGACCGCCAGCACGAACUGCGCAUGUUCAGUGUUUUUGCCCAGAUGCUUGGUAUGUUGCGUCCUGGAGGGGCCGAGUCUGUACCCCAACCUCAUGUGGAUCCUGGGUACCCUCAGGAAGGGGAGUCUCUUGUUAGAUCUGGAGCUGGAGUGGUCCAGGAGUCAGAACUCUCUGAGGUUUAUAAUUGUAAUCCGUUUAAUAGCCCAUAUCUCUCCACCCGUGGGAACAUCUUGAGUGGCUUCCGUGGCUCGUCAGAGGAGGGAUACCGGGCUUAUCAUGAGGACAAGUAUGAUGAGGACAAGAAUCCUAAUGGCAUCAUCAACUUCGGCACCAGUGAAAAUAAACUGUGCUUCGACCUAAUGUCCAAACGGUUGACUCAGAGUGAUAUGAAUGUAAUAGAGCCUCCUCUCCUGCAGUAUCCAGACUGGAAAGGACACAAUUUUUUGAGAGAAGAAGUUGCUCGCUUCCUGACGUAUUACUGCAAGGCUCCAGCCCCUCUGAGUUCUGAAAACGUUGUUGUACUAAAUGGCUGUGGGUCCCUGUUCUCUUCUUUGGCAGCUGUUCUUUGUGAUAAUGGAGACUCAAUCCUGAUUGCCACUCCCUUCUAUGGAGGGAUUACACAGAGCAUCUUUCUAUACAGUGGCGUUAAACUGGUCUAUGUUCACUUAGAGAGCAAGGUUUCUGGACCACGGACUCGACCAUUCCAGCUGACUGUUCAGAAAUUGGAAACCACUCUCCAAGCAGCAAAAGACCAGGGUACCAAUGUUAAAGCGCUGAUCCUCAUCAAUCCCCACAAUCCUUUGGGGGAUGUUUACUCAGCUUCAGAAAUGAUGGACUUCUUGGAGUUUGCUAAGAGACAUUCUUUACACGUCAUUGUGGAUGAGAUCUAUAUGCUGUCUGUUUUCGAAGAGUCUACAACAUUCCAAAGUGUAUUGAGCAUGGAGAAACUUCCAGAUCCUCAGAGAACGCAUGUUAUGUGGGGGAUCAGUAAGGAUUUUGCCGUAUCGGGAAUUCGUUUUGGGACCUUGUACUCCCAGAAUCAGGAUGUGUGCAAUGGGGUGGCCUCUCUCUGCUAUUUCCAUGGUGUCUGUGGUCCCGUUCAGUUUAAAAUGGCCCAGCUGCUUCGUGACAGAGAUUGGAUCAACCAAGUUUACUUGCGGGUAAAUCACGCCCGUCUCCGUGCAGCUCAGGCGUAUGUAGCCGAAGAGCUUCGCGCUUUAGGUGUGCCCUUUCUCAACCGCAGUGCCGGAUUCUUCAUCUGGAUUGAUUUCCGGAAGUACCUGCGGGCUCCCACCUUCGAAGAGGAGGUGGCGCUGUGGAGGCACUUUCUUGACAACAAGGUCCUCCUGUCUUGUGGCAAAGCAUUUGAGUGUGGUGAACCAGGCUGGUUCAGGGUGAUUUUUUCCGACAAGACCCACCGCUUGCAACUGGGAAUGCAGCGUAUUCGCAAGGUGCUGGAGGGGAGGGAGCGCGAGAUGCAGGUGGAGGCACAGCGGAACAAGGAAGUUGAGGAAGGAAAAGCAGAUAGCACUGAUGAAGUCAUCUAUGUAUCCAGCCACCGCGAGCCGGCCAAUUCGAAUUUGGGGGACCUCAUCGUGCAGCUGCAGCAUCAAAUGCGCUCUUCAGACUGGCUGCAAAGGAACACCGCUGAAAACUUUGCCCAAGAAAACCCAGAGGUUUACCAAGUGUACAGCAAAUUCGCAGGGAAGCCGUAAAACGAGGGAAAAUUAGUACGUGGCGACACGUUCAGCACAAUGUGUAGAGUUGUAUAAUCAAUAAAUUGAAGCGAUUAUACUA